UUGGCCUCAUAGAUGGAUUGAACUGAACUGGCAAAAACUGUUUUUGUACAUCUCAAUUCGUUUAUUGCUAUACAAAACAUUUUAAGACUGAAAGGUGAAGUUCUUCCAAAGAGCAAAUAGCUUGCAAAUCUUCGUGGAAAAUCGGCAAAUGCUCUGAUGAGUCAAGAUCUGCAAGGAUGGAGUGGUCUGUAAAAGGGUACACCACCCUGCUACUUCUAGGCUGCUUUCUGGACCUCACAUGGCCUUUGAAUCCUGGAGAUCCUAAUGUGUGCAGCCAAUGGGAAAGUUACACUACCUCAAUCAAGGAGUCCUACGCCCGGCCGUAUGACUGGCCAUCUGAGGAGCCCUGUUCUGACGCUUGGAGCUUCUACAAGUGCACCCGUCACAGGAUCACCUACAAAACGGCGUACCGGCAGGCUGUAAAGCUGGACUACCGCAGGAGGUACCAGUGCUGUCCUGGCUACUAUGAGAGCAACAAUAAAUGUGUCCCCCGAUGCACUAAGGAGUGUGUCCACGGCCGAUGCCAGGCCCCGGACCGGUGCCAGUGUGAGGGCGGUUGGCACGGGGAGGACUGCUCCAGUGCCUGUGAUGAGCAGCACUGGGGCCCAGGCUGCAGGCAGCUCUGUGUGUGUGAGAACGGGGGCCACUGCGACCCCCUCACCGGCUCCUGCCAGUGUCGCCGAGGACAUACCGGCCCCCACUGCAAGGACCCCUGUCCUCUCGGGACCUUCGGCAAGGGCUGUCUGCAAAAGUGCCUGUGUGGAACUGGUGGGUCUUGUGACCCUGAGACUGGGGAAUGUCGAUGCAGAGAAGGGUUCACUGGAACACUAUGUGACCAGCCCUGUUCGAGGGGACUCUGCCCCCUCAGUUGCCCCUGUCAGAAUGGAGGCCGUUGCCAAGGAGAGGGCAUGUGUGCCUGUCAUCCUGGAUGGACGGGAGCAGUGUGUACAGAGCCCUGUGCAGUGGGCCGGUUUGGGCUGAACUGCUCUCAGGAGUGUGUGUGUCACAAUGGUGGUCAGUGUGACCCGGAGACAGGACACUGCCGCUGUGCUGCGGGCUUCACAGGGGACAGAUGCCGUGAGGAGUGUGCGGUGGGCAGCUAUGGCCAGGACUGCCAGGGUGUGUGUGACUGUGCCAACGGAGCGCGCUGCUUUAACAUCCACGGGGGCUGUCUGUGUGAGUCCGGGUUCAAGGGCCCCCAGUGCAGGAACAGGAUGUGUCCGGAGGGGACGUACGGCAUGCGCUGUGACCAGCAGUGCCUCUGCCACAGCACACAUACGCUGAGCUGUCACCCAAUGAAGGGGGAGUGCACAUGCCAUCCUGGGUGGGCGGGGCUGUACUGCAAUGAGACCUGCCCACGGGGUUACUAUGGCCACGGUUGCCUGGAGACCUGCCUGUGUCUGAAUGGAGGUAUCUGUGACAGUGUGAGCGGACGCUGCCAGUGUGCCCCAGGGUACAGGGGGGCGCACUGUGAGCUCCACUGUGAGAAAGGCUUCUUUGGUAAGAACUGCUCGCAGUCCUGUGCCUGUAAAAACGCCCUGGCCUGUUCUCCUAUCGACGGCACCUGCUUCUGCAACGAGGGGUGGAAGGGCUUGGACUGCUCCAUUCCGUGUUCUGCUGGGUCGUGGGGUCCGGGAUGCAAUGGUACAUGCCAGUGUUUGAAUGGGGCUGUGUGUAAUCCAGUGGACGGAACUUGCACUUGCACUGCAGGUUGGCAGGGGGCGCUAUGUGACCAAGCUUGUCCCACAGACACCUACGGACCGGGCUGCUUGCAGAAGUGUGACUGCCUCCAUGCAGACAGCUGCCACAGGGUCAGCGGCCAGUGCCAGUGUUUACCAGGCUGGACCGGCGUGCGCUGUGCCCAGCCUUGUCCUGAAGGCUUCUGGGGACGCCAGUGCAACCACAGCUGCUCCUGCCUGAACGGCGCCCCCUGUCUGCGAGACAGCGGGAGUUGCGAGUGUCGUCCUGGAUACCACGGUUCCCAGUGCCAGCACAUUUGCAGUGCCGGUAUGCACGGAGCUCAAUGCAGUGUGCUCUGUCCUCCUUGUGUCCAUGCCUCCAUUCCCUGUCACCACAUCACAGGAAAGUGUGUGUGUGAUCCAGGGUACACUGGAUCCCUGUGUGAUCAAGCAUGUCCUCUGGGACACUAUGGCAGGCAGUGUGCUGGGGUUUGUCGUUGUUCCAACAACUCUACAUGCCAUCAUCAAGAUGGCUCCUGCCACUGUAACCCUGGCUGGACUGGGUCUGAAUGCUCCCAGCAGUGCCGGCCCGGACUGUUUGGACCUGACUGUGCCCACACCUGCUCCUGCCCCCCUAACGCCAGCUGUGACCCCCACACUGGAGUGUGUGUGUGUGACUCAGGAUGGGGGCCUGACUGCCGAGCAGAGGAGGGCAUGAGUGUGAUGGUGCCGAUGUCCCCGGUGGAGAGGGACUCGUGGGGGGCUAUCGGGGGGAUAAUCGUGCUCGUCGUCCUGGUGGUGCUGCUGCUGGCCCUGCUGCUGCUCUACCGUCGGCGUCAGAAGGACAAGCAGAGCCGCACGCCCACUGUGGCCUUCUCCUCCACCCGCAUGGUCAACUCACAGUACGCCCUGCCAGAUGUGCCUAGCUACCACCACUUCUACUCUAACCCCAGCUACCACACCCUGUCCCAGAACAGACCUCCCCUUCCCCACGUCCCCAACAACCAGGGCCAUGCCCACAUUAAGAACACCAAUAACCAGCUCCUCUGUAAUGUGAAGAACAUGGAGAGGGAGAGGCUGGGCCUGUUUGGGGUGGAGAGCAAUGGCUCACUGCCUGCGGACUGGAAGCACCACGAGGCCCCUUCCCGCAAAGACAUGGGAGCAUUUGGAAUCGACCGCAGUUAUAGCUACAGUGCCAGUCUGGGCAAAUAUUACGACAAAGACCUGUCCAAGGGAUCACGUAUGGCUGUGAGCAGCAGCUCUCUGAACAGUGAGAACCCCUACGCCACCAUCAAGGACCUGCCCGGUCCACAACCCCGCACACUGGAGAGCAGCUACAUGGAGAUGAAGUCACCCAUCCAGCGUGAGAGGUCGUAUGUGGAAAUCCGCUCUCCGCCCCUGCACCCUGCCUCCACAGUCACGGAGCGCUGCACUUUGGGAAACGUCACUGAACAGGAGUCCCAGAGCCUCUACGACCUCCCUGUGAACAGCCACAUCCCGGGACACUAUGAUCUCCCUCCCGUGCGUCGCCCCCCCUCCCCCACACCCAGGAGACUGCCCCACUGACAGUGCUUUUCAGCUUCUGCCCUGAGGUCCCACUGUGCUAGGUUUCCUUCCUGCUAGAAUUAUAACUCUUACUAGUGAUAGAGCUGUUAAUUGCUCUUCAUUAGGCAAUGAAUAUUGGCUGUAGGAUGAUUUACCUUCAUAAGGUCACCUUAUUUCAGAAAUAGCUUUGUUUGCCAUGAAGAAUAAAUAUUUCAUUUUCAAUUUCACGGGCAUUUAAUCAGAUAAAUUCAUACUCAAACUUUCUGGAAUAUGCUGGAAAACAUUUCUUGAGAAAAAGAUUACAUUAUUGACCUAUUACAUUUAUAGACUGAAAGCAUAAGUCACUACAGAAAGAAUGGUCACCCGGUAAUUGAAUUGAACCAUUUGUGGGUGAGUUGAUGACAGAACAAGAAGUGUAAGAAUUAAGUUGGUUUUUUUUUGUUAGAUUUUUUAACCUACUAUUCAGGGUUGUACUUAUGGUAGGAUGAAAACCCAGCCGACACAGUGGUUCCCCAGGAUCAUGUUUGAAAACUACUGCUCUAAACUACCAUACAUAUGCUUACUGUUGGAUAAAGGAAGCCAAGAAUUGUGGGAUUCUCUGAUAGCAUAACACUGCCACCUGCUGGAUAGAUUUCAGUCAGUUGACAAAACCUGGGAUACAGACAGGGACAAGUGCAUUUCACAUGGGUUUGGGACAUACAAUGGUAUAUACAGACAGGAUUUAGUCAUUCAAUCAAUAUUUCUCCUUAAAUUUGGGUCACAGUAAUCACCUAAAUUAACUUGCCAAAAAUGUCUGAAGAAAAAAAAAAACCUGAAUUUACUUCCAAAUGAAAUUAAGGGAAAAUGUUGAUUGAAUCCAAGCCAUACUUUUUAUGUGUAGUCUUUUAAUUGAGGCAUGGACUCCUCCUAGCCUUUAUAGUUAAAAAUCAUAUGGUGGGUUUGUAACCUUACACAGCACAGUGGUCAGUGUUAAAUCAACUGAAAAUGUACUUUGAUCACAUUUAAACUCAUUAACCGUUUAAGUUGAAUUGACAACAUUUUAUUGUAUGGUUUCAGUACACAAGCGACUAAACCAUCGCUGGUGUACUGUAGGCACCGUAUUUUCAGGGCACCUUCACAACCAAGAAAAGUACAUAUUUUCACUGCUUUGCUUGUGGAGCAUUGGACAAAAUAUCGCUGUUGUUCAGCCAUACCCUUGGUCAGAAUGUUAUAUGCUGAAUGUAACCAGCCUUUACCUUGUAUAUAAUGUAUAUAAAAUGUUUGAAUUCUUUCAUUUGUAGAUGUGGUUCUCGGUACACCAAAUUCAUUUAAGAUGCAACAAGAUAUCACAGUAAUACUGAAAAUAUCCUCAUACCAUUGCCAUUUGAUAAUACAAGAUACUUGAUUUGUGGGGGAAAGCAUUUAUUCAUUUUUUGUUUUACAUUCAAUGCAAUGUAUGAAACCAAGGAAACAUUUAAGCUGUUACUUCGGACAAAACGUCUUUCAGUAAAUUUGUCUUUGGUUAAUUUUAUGAAAAGAACAGUCUCAAUCAGACAUUGGAACUGGUACCAUUCAUAUAAGUAUAGGAGAAUAUACAGUACAGUUCAUCUUUAAGCCUUCAGUGGCAGCAUUGCACAACUCCUGCUGAAUUCAAUUCCAUUUUGUACUUAGAGACCUAACAGUGAAGCACCACAUCCACAUGACAUUUAAAAACUGAUGUUAAAAUAAAUAUGGUGACACACUUCAGUUGAUUAUUAUCCUUCAAUUUGUAAAACUGUCUAUUGUUAAUAAAAUUGUCAUCAACCAAAAAGCAUCAAGCUCAAGUAAUCAGGAAAAUAUAUUUUUGAAAAAACUA